AUGGGUGUUAGAUACACGACAGCCACGGUCAUUCUGUUGACGGGGUUCAACUUCAUCUCCCUCAUAAGUGCGACCUGCUAUUCACAAUCCCCUGUUUUCUUGCCGCCGACGUACAAUUCCAAGUCCGAUCCGGAGCUUGUUGAAGCAUUCCGGCACAUCGAGGAGUCUGUAUCGUCAUUUUUUGCUACAAGGCCAGACCUCAAUACAUCGUCGUACUCGAUCGAGGUUACCUCCCCCGACUCAACGCUCUGGUCCACAUUCCACACGGCCGCCGAGAAAGACCCGGAAAGGCCAGGGGCUGAGCAGGUUGACGGGAGCAGCGUCUACCGCGUGGCCAGCAUCACCAAGGUCUUCACGGUUCUGGGGAUAUUGCAACAACAUGCCGCGGGAAAUCUCAGCCUGGAUGAUCCCGUGGACAUGUACAUUCCAGCUCUGACGGCUUCUCGGUUCCAGCAAGGUGGGACUAGGAUCCCAUGGGGAGACAUCACCUUACGGUCACUGGCAAGCCAGCUUUCCGGCAUCCCGCGCGACUGGGCGCAGAGCGAUUUGAUCACAUCGCUUCCGGAUCCCAGCGUCAUUGGACUGCCCCCGCUUCCCCCAUCCGCGCCAGAACGGUCGGACCUGCCCAAGUGCGACUCGUACAGGAAGUACAAGCCAUGCACGGAGACAGACCUUCUGGACUACCUCUGGGACAAACGGCCCUUGUUCAUGCCGAACCAGAAAUCCACGUAUUCCAAUAUCGCCUUCGAGUUGUUGGGCAUCGUCCUUGCCACCGUCACGGGGAGAAGCUAUGAAGACUACAUCGAGGCCUCCAUCCUGGGGCCCCUGAAAAUGACAUCUACCUCGUUCCGAAAACCGUCCGACUCCGUCGCCGUUCUCCCCAAGGACAAUGCGUGGUACUGGGACGUCGACGAAGGGGUGCAAAACCCCACGGGCGGGUUGUAUUCGCCGUCGAGUGACAUGUCGGUUUUCCUGCGCCACGUCUUGAAAACCUACCGCAACGUCGCCGGGUCCCGGGUCAGUUGGCUCUUGCCCGUCUCCUUUACGCCUGGGUGGAAGUCGUUUUACGGGAUGCCGUGGGAAAUUCUCCGCGCGGACGGCAUCGUCACGGACAGCCCGGCGAGGACGGUCAGCUUCUUCACGAAAGGCGGCGGCCUGCCGGGCUAUCGGACGCUGAUUCUGCUCGUGCCCGAGUACGAGCUGGGCAUCACCAUCUUCACCGCGGGCGACGAAGCCUUCAUCGACCAACUCGUCGAAAUGGUGACGAUUCCCUUGAUCCGUGCCGCGGAUCGCCUUGCGGGUCGCCAGGCCGAGCACAGAUACACGGGUACCUUCGUCGCCGAUCCCGGCAUGGCCAUCAAUUCCUCGCUCCAGCUCUCUUAUUCGGACGCACACGGUCUGGAGAUCACGAAAUGGAUCUCCAACAGCACGGACAUGCUCUCGGUCAUACCCUUGCACUUUCACCUCCCGCAGGACCGCGGGUUCCACCUCCAACUGGUGCCUACGUCACUAUACCGGAACCAAAAAAGGAUGCAGGGCGAACUGUGGAGGGUUAUGGUUACUCUGGAUCGCUCGGGUCCCCGAACAUCAGCAUCGCCACCACCACUAUUACAACAACAACAACAACUCCGGGAAGUGCAAUCAUCGUCAGAAUCAAUAGAGGCCCCGGAAUUCAAUGUAAAGGGUAAGGGCAGCAGCAAAACAAACAACGACGAAUUCCUCGAUCAUCAACCAUCAGGCCCUCUCGGCAGUAAUAUAUGGGAAGAUUUCUGCGUCAGCGACGUGGACACGUUGAUGUAUGCGGGAAAGCCAUUCAAUGAGAUUGUCUUCUGGGACGACCGAGAUAUAUCAGCAGGCGGGGAGGAAGAGGGAGAGGGCGUGGGAGGGAACCGUGGCGACGAUGACGAGGAGCAGGAGCAAGAUGGGGUGCGGUAUGGCACGGUGGAAUUGACGGCGUUUCGAAUCAAUAUGACCCGGUGCUGCGGAGGAUGA